GUACAAUUUGGACAUCAUGAGUGUCUUCAACACAGCUUUGUAAGGGUCCAAGUCAAGGGCGACGACGGUGACGGCAUCCAGGCCAUCGCUAGCGCAAUCAGACAAAGCUGUCGAAAAAGAGUGUCAAGAACAGGGGGAUGUCGAGAAGAAACGGACACGAGGGGAAAAAGUAUAAGUAGUUGGCCUUCUCGUGCUCUACAAGAACAAAACUCAUCAUCCAACACAGCACAGAAAACAAAACAUCAAGAAUAACACAAUAGCCAAGCUCGGAACACCAAAACACCAUCACCACAAUGAAGUUCACCACCACCCUCGCCGGUCUCACCGCCCUCUUCGCCAGCGCGGCCCCAGCCUCUGCCCAGCAUGCCACUUCGGCUACUGUCACUGGCUUCUCUGCCACUCGCAACGCGACCCAUAUUAACUACCGCGCCACCAUAAACGUCCUCCCCGAAAACGCCCUCGCAACCUUCACCCACUCCACGCCCGGCACCGCUCUGCCCACCAACAGCGGAGCCUGGACUUCCACCGACCCAAAACUGGUCCUGCGCUUCAACGUCGUCAGCGCCGUCAACCAGGUGCGCGUGUUGCUGAGCGAUACGCAUGUGGUUGCCGCGACGGUGAACUUGGAUUACUUUAGUCCUUAUAGCGAUUGGGUUGGUGCUGGGAGUGCUGUUUAUACUGGGCCUGCGGCGUUCACGCUGGACUAAGGGACACAAGAGACUGAGGAUCUUAAAAUUUUGACGAGGGGGGAAUGGGGGGUGUUUGCAAUUGGGAAGGGGGGAUGGGGAUUGAGGUGGGAUAUAACUGGAGUUUUGGAAUGGGGGAACACGGCGGGGGAAAUCCCGAUGCAGUGGUAGGUAGCCGGUAGGGAAGGAAGGGGAUAGUGGAACUGAGAAAAUAUAUCAAGAAAAGCCUUUCGGCACCAAAAACAUCUCAGUCCCGUAAAAAUGUUCCAA